GUAGCAGUGUGUAGGAGGGGAGGGGAGGGGUAGCUACUAUCAGGGAUGUACACGACGUACGCGCGCCUAUAGAAGCACUCCAACUCUAGCCUCCGAGCGCAUCAGUUGAGUCAGAGUCAGACAUGUGGUCAGUCACACUGCUCCUCGCGGCGUGCUCGCUCAUCACUUUACUAGUUUUGUUGUUGACCAAGGGACGCAGGAAGGGCGAAUACCCUCUCCGAACCCCGGGUCCCUCCCCUUGGCCGGUCCUCGGGGACCUCCACAUCCUCGGCAAGUACUCCAACCCCUUCGUCGCGUUCACAGAACUCUCCAAGAUGUACGGAGACGUCUACAGACUCACCCUCGGGUCCACACCAUGCGUGGUCGUCAACAACUUCCCCCUCAUCAAGGAGGUCCUCAUCACCAAGGGGUCACACUUCGGCGGACGUCCGGACUUCAUCCGUUACCACAAGCUGUUCGGCGGCGACAGGAACAACUCGCUCGCUCUCUGCGACUGGUCGUCACUCCAGAAGACUCGUCGCAGCAUUGCUCGCAUGUAUUGCUCCCCUCGCUUCACCUCGGCCAACUACGAUCAGCUGUCUCGGGUGGGCUCCGCCGAGACCUCGCAUCUGAUGGAAGCCAUCGCAGGUCACCUGGGGUCCGGCCAGGGGGAGGUUCGUGUAAAGCCUCUCAUCCUCGCCGCCUCCGCUAACAUGUUCACCCAGUAUAUGUGCUCCACGAGGUUCAGCUAUGACGACCCAGGCUUCUCUACGGUCGUCCGCAACUUUGACGAGAUCUUCUGGGAGAUCAAUCAAGGAUACGCUGUGGACUUCCUGCCUUGGCUCCUCCCAUUCUAUACUCGUCACAUGAACAAGUUGUCCGACUGGGCGAAGGAGAUUCGUCAGUUCAUCUUCUCCAGGAUUGUGGAGGAACAUCAGAAGACCCUCAACCUAGACCUUCCUCCACGGGACUUUACAGAUGCGCUGCUCAUGCAUCUAGAACAAGACCCGGACCUCAACUGGGACCACAUCAUCUUUGAGCUUGAGGACUUCCUUGGCGGCCACUCUGCUAUCGGCAACCUGGCAAUGUUGGUGUUGGCCGCGGUGCUGAGACACCCUGAGGUGGGCUCCAGGAUACAGGCGGAGAUUGACACAGUGUCUGGAGGGUUGAGGGACGUGACACUGUUCGACCGUGCAGACAUGCCGUACACGGAGGCGACCGUGCUGGAGGUGCUGAGGACCGCUAGCUCGCCCAUCGUGCCACAUGUUGCCACCGAGGACACCUCUAUCGGAGGAUACCCUGUAAACAAAGGAACUGUGGUCUUCCUCAACAACUACGAGCUGAACCUGGGAGACACUUACUGGAGCGAACCGGACAAGUUUCGCCCAGAAAGAUUUAUUUCAAGUGAGGGAAACAUCGUAAAGCCACAACACUUCAUCCCCUUCAGUACAGGCAAGAGAACUUGCAUCGGUCAGCGACUAGUGCAGAGCUUCUGCUUCACCUUGGUAACGUCUAUUCUAGGGAAGUACGACAUCAGUGCAGACCUGGACACAGUCAGGACAGUGCCAGCUUGCGUAGCAUUGCCUCCAGACACCUUCAGUGUUAGGUUCACACCCAGGAGGAGUGUGAGGGCGUAGACUCCCCUCCCCGUUCCAUGCCUAGAGCGACACCAUGCUGUCAAACAAUCAAUGACAACAGGGAAAUGAGUUUUUAGAUCUACCAAAGCAAACAAAAGAUAUAUUUGAUCUAUUCCGAUUUUGAUGGAUAAUAAAAUAAUUUUAGGAUUUGUUUACGUUGGCAAAAAUGUUCUGAAUUAUGGUUGAUGUUUGUAAAAAUGUAUAUCGUUACUAACUAAAGCUAUAAAUUUCCAAAAAGAUGUGUUCUAUCAACAGUUAAUUGUAAAAAAUAUGUAAUUCAUAAUAUUGUAAUCGGCAUGGUGUCGGGCUAUGUACUUGGGAUACAUUGUAAAUUAGUCAACAUCUUUCCUGUUUCCACUUAUUUCCAGAUCUUUUACUAUGAGUUUUCUGAAACUGUUGUUCUGUGAUUGUCAGUUAGGUGUAGUUUACUCAAUAUUUAUUUAAAUUAUGAGACUAUGUGAAUGUGAUUAUGUUAAGUAUUUAAGUUUAUUUAUUUGCUGAGUCUACUACCAUUACAGUAUUUCUUUUAACCUUUAUUACUUUUAUUCUUAGUUGUGUAAAUUGUGUAUAUAUUAUUUUUUCAUAUAGUAGGUUUUGCAUUUCUGAACGGGCCAAAACUGUUUUCUGUUAUUACAUUAUAUACAAACUUAUGUUACACCUUUACUUUUAUUCUCAAUAUUUCUUUUAAUAGCUAAAAACUAAAGUAUCUCUGAUAACUUAGCGUUCUACAAUCAUUUUAUGGGCCAUGGCUUGUUAAUAAGCUCAGCCAAUCAUUUAUAACCAUAUAACUCAAUAUACAGUAGGGUUCAAUGAAGCAUUACCUAGUUAGUCUUAAUUGUUUAGUUAUAACCACCGAGAUUGAAGUCUGUAUAAACAUUGUAAAAUACUUA